AUGGCGGCGAGGGAGAGCGGCGGGAUGGCGGCGGCGCGGUGUGCCGGGAGGAUCGGGGUCGUGGCCUCCGUGGCGGUGAACCUCGCCCUGCUCGCGAUGUACAUCCGCCGGCGCUACUUUGGCGGCGGCCGAUCCGACAAGGACAUCGUGCCCUCCAAAGGCAAGCCGCCGGUCACCUCGGAGUCCGUCGUGAACCUCGAUCACGGCGACCCGACCUUGUACGAGGAGUUCUGGCACGGGACGGGCGACCGCGCAACGAUCGUGAUCCCUGGAUGGCAGACGAUGAGCUACUUCUCCGACCUCGGCGGCUUCUGCUGGUUCGUCGAGCCCGGGUUCGAGCGCGAGGUGCGCCGCCUCCACCGCCUCGUCGGCAACGCCGUGGUCGACGGAUACUACUUCCUUGCCGGGACGGGGUCCACACAGCUCUUCCAGGCUGCGCUCUACGCGCUCUCACCUGCCGAAGAUGGCACGCCCAUGAGCGUCGUCUCGCCGGCGCCUUACUACUCGUCCUACCCAUCCGUGACAAACUUCCUCAACUCUGCGCUCUACCGCUGGGAUGGUGACGCCAAUAUGUUUAACGGCGACACCUGCAUCGAGCUUGUUUGCUCGCCGAACAACCCUGACGGUGGCAUCCGAAAAGCUGUUAUCAAGUCCAACUCCGGGAAGACCAUUCAUGACUUCGCCUACAACUGGCCGCAAUACACCCCCAUCACUGAGGCAGCUAGCCACGACAUCAUGCUGUUCACCGUUUCUAAGUGCACUGGCCAUGCCGGCACAAGGCUAGGGUGGGCGUUGGUGAAGGACAUGGAGGUUGCCCAAAAAAUGAUCAAGUUCAUGGAGCUAAACACCAUUGGUGUGUCCAAGGACUCACAGCUUCGUGCUGCAAAGAUCCUCAAGGCUGUCUGUGAUGGCUAUGAGCUAUCGCCCGCUAGUGAGGUAAACCGCCUCUUCCAUUUUGCUCAGCGAAAAAUGGCAGAACGUUGGAGCAAGCUUCGUGCUACCGUGGCAGCCUCAGGCAUCUUUAGCCUCCCAAAUGAGGUCUCUGACUACUGCACUUUUGCUAAGGAGAAAGUCACAGCCAAUCCUCCAUUUGCAUGGCUCCGUUGUCACAAGGAUGGUUUAGAUGACUUGGAGGCUUUUCUACGUGAGAACAAGAUAAUUACUAGAGGUGGACCAAGGUUUGGUGUGGAUGAGAAGGUAGUGAGGGUCAGCAUGCUUGACACAGAUGAAGCCUUCAACAUGUUCAUCGGUCGUAUUGCCUCCUUAAAGUGA